GAUCUGUUUUAGUACUGAUCUCUUCUGCCGUUCAUAAGACAGACUAACUUGGCACUCUGAAGUUUUGGAGAGGGUCUUAUUUUUGCCUUUUUUAAAUUCUUGUCAUUUUGUUCAUCAGCCGGAAGUUUUGACGGCACUCAUCAAAGCAACUUCUCUUCCUUUCUUUUUUCAUACCCCUGGAUCUUUUUCUACCUUCACUUGGAUGCUAAACUUUCCCAGUCUGAUUUUUACUUUCUUGAUUCAGAGAGCUAUCCUUCCCUUUUUUCUUCCCCCUGCACUCCUCUUUGUCUCCCAUUUUUCUGUCCUUUUCUCUGGCUAUGCACCAUGUUGUCCUCCCCUACUGUGAUCCUUCAGCCCUACGGACUCCCUGUUUACCCCCAGACAGCUACCUGCUACCCCAGCAUAGUACAGGGUGCCGCUGCCCAAGAGGCGGGGCCAGGCAAUGGUGACCCCUCACUUCCUCAGGUCUAUGCCCCACCCCCUUCAUUUCCUCCACCUGGACAAGCCCAACCCACACCUGCUGCCAGGCUGCCACCCCUUGAUUUCAACCCCGCUCAUCCCAGCUCAGAAUAUUCAGAUCAUCAUCAGUUGAGAGUCUACCAGGGCUCUCAACAUGAUGGGACGCAGUCUAUAACUACUAAUAACACGGACAAUUCUUUGGCUCCAGUAACGUCUGACCCUCAGACUCUUAGUGUUUCUGUGGCAACUGGGAGCGGGACAGGGAGUGGAAGUGAGGAGGAGGGGGCUGGUAAGGCCCAACCCAAAAGACUCCACGUGUCCAACAUCCCUUUCAGGUUUCGUGACCCAGACCUGAGGCAAAUGUUUGGGCAAUUUGGCAAGAUUCUAGAUGUGGAGAUCAUCUUUAAUGAGAGAGGAUCCAAGGGUUUUGGGUUUGUGACGUUCGAGAGUGCAAUAGAAGCAGACAGAGCGAGAGAGAAGCUCAAUGGUACGAUCGUUGAGGGAAGGAAGAUUGAGGUGAACAACGCCACAGCGAGGGUGGUGACGAAGAAGCCCCAGACACCUUUAGUGAAUGCUGCUGGGUGGAAGAUCAAUCCAGUAAUGGGAGCGAUGUAUGCUCCUGAACUUUAUACAGUUGCCAGCUUUCCUUAUCCUGUGCCCACGCCAACCUUGGCCUACAGAGGCUCCGCCCUCCGUGGCCGUGGUCGAGCAGUCUACAAUACCAUCCGGUCAGCAGCAGCAGCCACACCAGCUGCAGUACCAGCCUAUCCAGGGGUGGUAUAUCAGGAUGGAUUGUACAGUGCUGAGGUUUAUGGAGGAUAUCCAGCCACAUAUCGAGUGGCCCAGUCCGCCUCUGCUGCUGCUGCAGCCACAUACAGUGAUGGAUAUGGGAGAGUCUACACCACAGCAACAGACCCCUACCAUCAUUCAGUGGGACCCACCACAACUUAUGGAGUUGGAACAAUGGCAAGUUUGUACCGUGGAGGCUACAACCGCUUUACUCCGUACUGAACUGAAGUUCACUAAGUUUACUACUGUGUGACUGCAAUUCACUUCCUUUGUGAUUGUCUGUUCCUGACAAUGACGAGACUUCUGAGGAACUGUUUGACUUUGAGAUUGUAUAUUGUAAAUAAUGCAGCUGACACUUUGCUAUUUAUUGGGAAAAGAUGAAUCCAGCCUGAAAACCUUAGGAAUUAUAUUUAUGGACGUUUAUUCUUUUCUGAAUGCAAGGAAACAGGUUUUAUCCCAACCCUCCACCCCCACAAAAAUGGGAGAAUACAAUAGUUCACACACCUGCUUAAGAGGUGUAGUGUCUAGCUGAUGAUGAUGUUAUUAUUGUCUAUGUAUUGAUAUUAUUAAAGGGAUAGUUCACCCGAAAAUGAAAAUUCUGUCAUUGUUUACUCACUCCAAUGACUUUCUUUCUUCUUAUGUAACCCAACAGAUUUACAGGCAGAUGUUAGUCCGGUUGUAAGGCCACAGUCACCAUCCAUUUUCAUUGUAUGGACAAAAGAUGCAAAUAAAGUGAAUGGUUAUUGAGGCUUUAAGUCCCCAAUAUACAGCCAGAUAUCUCCUUUUGCACCCUAUGGAAGAAAGAAAGUAAAAAGUGUUUGGAACAGCAUGAGAGUGCAUAAAUUAUGCAGUGUUGUCAUUUUUGGGUGAACUAUUCCUUUAAUGGUCCAGUUAUAGAGUUAUGAUAGGCAGGUGGUAGAUGAUUACAUAAUACAAACUGAUUACAAAAUAGUGUAAUUUUGUAUUUUAUUUAUAUUUUUAGUACAAAAUCUGGGUUGAAAAAUUAUAUAUAAUAUGUCCACAGACAUAUUUUAUCUGGAACUGUCCCCAGAGUGAAAAAUGCAGACCACUGAACCUGUAUAGUAUUUACACUGGUGGCCAAAAGUUUGGAAUAAUGUACAGAUUUUGCUCUUAUGGAAAGAAAUUGGUACUUUUAUUCACCAAAGUGGCAUUCAACUGAUCACAAUUUAUAGUCAGGACAUUAAUAACAUGAAAAAUGAUUAUUACAAUUUGAAAAGAAUGUUCAAAACUUCUUAAAACUACUUCAAAGAGUUCUCAUCAAAACAAUCCUCCACUUGCAGCAAUGACAGCUUUGCAGAUCCUUGGCAUUCUAGCUGUCAGUUUGUCCAGAUACUCAGGUGACAUUUCACCCCACGCUUCCUGUAGCACUUGCCAUAGAUGUGGCUGUCUUGUCGGGCACUUCUCACGCACUUUACAGUCUAGCUGAUCCCACAAAAGCUCAAUGGGGUUAAGAUCCAUAACAUUCUUUUCCAAUUAUCUGUUGUCCAAUGUCUAUGUUUCUUUGCCCACUCUAACCUUUUAAUUUUGCUUUUCUGUUUCAAAAGUUGCUAUUUCUUUGCAAUUCUUCCCAUAAGGCCUGCACUCCUGAGUCUUCUCUUUACUGUUGUACAUGAAACUGGUGUUGAGCAGGUAGAAUUCAAUGAAACUGUCAGCUGAGGACAUGUGAGGCAUCUAUUUCUCAAACUACAGACUCUGAUGUACUUAUAUGCUUGUUUAGUUGUACAUCUGGCCUUCCACAUCUCUUUCUGUUCUUGUUAGAGUCAGUUGUCCUUUGAAGACUGUAGUGUACACCUUUGUAUGAAAUCUUCAGUUUUUUGGCAAUUUCAAGCAUUGUAUAGCCUUCAUUCCUCAAAACAAUGAUUGACCGAUGAGUAGAGAAAGCUGUUUCUUUUUUUGCCAUUUUUUUUUUUACCUAAUAUUGAGACAUGCCAGUCUAUUGCAUACUGUGGCAACUCAAAAACAAACACAAAGACAAUGUUAAGCUUCAUUUAACGAACCAAAUAGCUUUCAGCUGUGUUUGAUAUAAUGGCAAGUGAUUUUCUAGUACCAAAUUAAAAAUUUAGCAUGAUUUUUCAAGGAUAAGGUGUUGGAGUGAUGGCUGCUAGAAAUGGGGCCUGUCUAGAUUUGAUCAAAAAUGACUUUUUUCAAAUAGUGAUGGUGCUGUUUUUUACAUCAGUAAUGUCUUGACUACACUUUAUGAUCAGUGAAUGCCACUUUGGUGAAAUAAAGUACCAAUUUCCUUCUGAAACAGCAAAAUCUGUACAUUAUUUCAAACUUUUGGCCACCAGUGUAUAGGUCUGGGUUUGUGUUGGUGUUUGUGUUGGAGUGGAUUUUGAGUGUGUGUGAUUUGAAAGCUAUCAAAAGCAAUACUGUGAGAUACAGCAGUGGCACUGGUGUUGGUGAUUUGUUAUCUCCCAAUCUACCUCUGAACUAAAUAUCUCUUUAUUCUAAUCUUCUGCAAACCUCUCACAUUUUUCCUGUGCAGCAAUUUCUAUAUCUUCUUUAUGAAUGGCUUGCUUGCAUGUUUUAUUUAUUUAUUUUUUAUUAUUAUUUUUUUUAACAAAAAUCUUUGGUGCUUUUCUGUCUAACUUCCCUGUUUCUUUCUUCUUUCAUUUCCUGUCAAAUCUUGUUGUAUGGUCCAUUUGCCUUGCUCUUUUCUCUGUUCCUUUUAUGCUGUGCUUCAAAUGCUGAUUUUGCUCCAGUAAUAAAACCAAAUUUUUAUCUUUCA